AAUCUGUCUUACUCAGCACAAGAAGACAGUAAUUUAAUCGAGUACCGAUAAAAUGGCAACGCGCAAACGACCUCUACUUUAGCUAGUUGCCAUUAACUUUGUUUAUAUUGAGAAUCUUUUAUUGGUUCAGACAAGGUAUUUAUUGUAAAAACGAUUAACGGGUAACGUUGAGUUUAAAAAUGAUAAGAUUUGUAUCCAGAAGACGGAUAAUAUAUGGGAUUCCGGUGUGGAGAUGUAUCCAGCAGAUAAUCAAGGCACCAAACUGCACAACAAAAACUCUGCAGCAGCUUCAUGUCCACGCCCCCGUGUUAAUGCUGCACAGACCCCCUUCCACUAACAGGUUGUUGAGCAUCAGACCCGUGAGCUGGCAUGCCUCCCGUCUCUGCCACGGUGAUUCACGAGACAUUUCAAAUCAGGGCAACAGCAAAGAAGGCUUUAGCAUGAAGGCGCUCACCCAGGCACCCAAACCUGCUCUGUACCUCGGCUUCUCUGGGCUCAUCCCCUUCCUGUCAGCCCCUCUGCUGAUGGCUGCCACAUAUUCCUUUUACCCUGAAAUUGCAUAUGCUCAGAUAGUGUAUGGCGCCUCUAUAGUGUCCUUCCUUGGAGGUGCCCGCUGGGGAUUUGCAAUCCCUCCUGGUAGUCCUGCUCAGCCAGACUGGAUGAACUUGGGUAACAGUGUAGUUCCAUCACUUAUAGCCUGGUUGGCACUGCUCUGCAAGGACAAUUUUACAGAAGGAGCCUUUGUAGUCAUCAUGGGAUUGGGCCUGUCACUGCAUUAUGACCUGACCUUGCUGCCUGGCUACCCUGCCUGGUUCAAAGCAAUGAGAACGGUUCUAACUCUGGUUGCCACCUUCUCACUGGUUGCUACACUGGCAAUUAAGAAAUUCUGCACCGAGAGAAAAAUCAAAGACAUUCAGAAGUGAUUCAAGGGAAGAUUUUGUUCACUGAACCACCUGUACUCAAUAAAAAUUCAAAGUUCA